AUUCUGUACGCUAUAAUCAUGAUUUUCGUCGUUAUUGGCAUUGUACGGCACAUAAUCGCGGACUUCCGGCAGCACAUAUCAUCGAAUAAGGAUGUUAACGCCACGACAACAUCGAGACCUUCAAAUAUAAGUCCAGAGUUUCGAUUCUCUACUACCACAGUCUAUAUUGGCUACAUGGUAGGAUUGUUUGUGGUGACCGGAUUGCUACAUUUCAAGGAAUGUAUCUAUCUCUUGCACGGUCUACUGUACCUUCUUUUUGUGCCAUCUGGAUAUCUUAUACUAGUGCUAUACAGCAUAUGCAACAUCACAGAUAUAACCUGGGGUACCCGUGAAGAGAGACAAAAGUCCAAUAUAUCUUCCAAACUGGCUUGGCGCAUACAGUGUGAACAACUCUUCAGGUACCUUUUCAUACGCUUCUUCAAAGGACAAUCGAACUAUAGGAUUCAAGCUUAUGAUCCAUUUGAUGCUGUGAUGAACAAUGCCGGAGUAUUUGACGAAGACUUUGCUAGGAGUAAUAUGUAUAUACUCCCCGGGAGCAUAAGUGGAACAGGAAAUGUUGAUGAUGAACUGAGACUUGCGAAUGUUCGAACGCAAUUAACACCCUCAAAACUACGCGAAUUGCAAGAAGUCAACCGAGAUGAAUACUAUUUUUGGGACACACUCAAAGAGCGGUGUCUUUCGCCACAGUCCACUUCCGAUAGACAGAACGAUGGAAUGAAAGGGCGAAUACCACAACUUUUCCGCUCACCGUCGAAAUUGUAUACUUCUGACAAGCGCACCGUAUCGUUCUGUCAAAAACAUGGCCUCAACCUUUUUGGCGAGUACAGAAAUGAAAGGAAAAAACAAGAUAGAAGAUGGAAAAGACGUUCCAAUGUAUGUUUAAACAAACCAAAAAACAAGAAACGGAGCCUUUUUCCUCUCGGUGCUGAAUAUGAUACCAGCGCAUCUCCAGGCGACCGUCAACCGGCAUGUACCAGCUCGACGUAUGUCACAGAGACACCAACUGAUCAGUGCCGCCCAGCCUUCCAUGACAAUAUUGUUAAUGCUCCACACAAACGGAAAACAAAGAAAGCAAGAUCAUCAUAA